UCGUCGCUCUUGGGCUCUCACGUUUUUUCAAUCCGUUUUCAAAAUAUCCCUUGUUCCUGAUAUUGUCCUAGAUAAUGACAACGUCAACUAGAUAAUAUCUACCCUGGUGAUCUCAACUUGCAGCAUUAGACCAAACCUAACGGCUGAGUACACUGACGGGCACAAGACUGCUCCGUCAUUUGAGGUUCAGAUUGAAAUCAUCUUCGAGAGUGCACUGCUAGCCUGCAAAAGGGAAGGCAGGCAAAGGCAAGAAGAAGCAGAAGAGUUUGUAAACUGCUGAGUAGUCUCUGCUGUGUAUUGUAUUAGUAGGGUCUGAAAGUCAUAGAAUGUUGUCGCGAACACUGAUUUUAGGGGCACUUUUGUUGGCCGUCGUUAUUUUUCAUGCAGAAGCCUACGUUCCUCGAAUUAUUCGGGGGAGACCAAAGGGCGGCUUCGUUGGAAUACCCGAUACUCAAUCUGCACAAAAUGGAAAUGAUCCUACGCCUCCACCUGAUCAGUGGUUUGAGCAGAAACAAGAUCACUUUGACGGUAUUAACCUACUCACUUGGAAACAAAGAUUUUUCAGUAAUGGAUCCUUUUACAAGAAAGGUGGCCCCAUGUUUGUGCAGAUCGGAGGUGAAGGGGAGGCAAACCCCAUCUGGAUGAUGGAAGGGGCAUGGGUGGAUUAUGCAAAGAAGUACAAUGCAUACUGCUUCCUGUUGGAGCAUCGUUUCUAUGGGAAAAGUCACCCCACCCCAGACAUGAGCGUGAACAACCUGAGGUAUCUCAGCAGUGAGCAGGCACUAAGUGACUUGGCGACCUUCAUCACAGCAGUAAGGAAAGAGCUGGGAGGACCAAAAGUCAUUGUCUUUGGAGGUUCUUACCCUGGCUCACUUGCUGCGUGGUUCAGAAUGAAGUAUCCCCACAUCGCCCAUGGGGCUGUGGCUUCCAGUGCUCCGCUUCUGGCUAAAAUCAACUUCUUUGAGUACAUGGAGGUCGUUGAUUCUGCUCUGAGAACUUUUGAUGCCUCCGGGACCUGCAACAAUGCUGUGGCUCAGGCCACUCAAGGUGUUCAGGAACUGAUGUCCACAUACAAAGGUCGCAGGCAGCUCAAGAGUUUGUUCCAACUUUGUGAUGACCUUGACCCCAAUAGCAAGAAAGACAUCUCCAACUUUUACUCUACGAUCGCUGGCAACUUUGAGGGAGUUGUUCAGUACAACAAGGAUAACAGAGCUUUUGAGGGAGCAGUCGGUACAAACAUCACCAUCGACACCCUGUGUGGAAUCAUGACAGACACGUCCAAGGGCUCACCUACCGAGAGAUACGCUGCGGUGAAUAGCUUGAUGCUGAAGACGUACUCUCAAAAAUGCCAAGACUUCAAGUAUGAUAAAAUGAUUGAUGAGAUGAGACAGACACAAUGGAAUAGCAGCGCUGCCGAGGGAGGUCGUCAGUGGACCUAUCAGACGUGCACCGAGUUUGCCUUCUACCAGUCCUCUGACUCAAAGAAGCAGCCAUUUGGACACGGAUUUGGGAUUCAGUUCUGGCUUGACCAGUGUUCUGAUAUCUUCGGUCCAGAGGUCAACGUCACACUUAUCCAGCAGCGUGUAGAGAGAAGCAAUGAAGACUAUGGGGCGCUGGGCAUCAGAAUCUCUCGUGUCGUUUUCCCCAACGGCUCGAUUGACCCCUGGCAUGCUCUUGGAGUCUUGAAGGACCUCGGACCCGAUGCAAAGGCUAUCUUUAUCAACGGUACUGCCCACUGUGCCAACAUGUACCCACCUACAGCUCAAGAUUUACCUGCACUGGUUGCUGCUCGGACAGAGAUUGAGACCAGCAUUGGACAGUGGUUGGCGGAUUAGACAGAGCAGCUCAAACAGUCAGUUAAUUUGUAAGCAAAUCAGAGUUUUAUUACAGGAAUGAAUGAAAAAAAAACAGUAUUCAAUUAAAUAAAUUCCACUUAAUUGAUUCUGCAGGGAAAUCUGUUUUACAUAUAAAUGUAGAUAAGUACAAAAACACAUUACUACAUAAACGCAUGAAUGACACACAAUAUCACAAACGUAGACAGUCCACACACCAUAGCUGUUUGCCACUGUGCUGUGCCGUUUUUUAAGCUAGGGUCAUGGUGUCUUGCUCAAGGACACACCUCAGUGAUUGACCACCUAAACACUGUGUUACCAACAUAGGCUUGACAUUAACUGCUCAGGCACUGAAACCCAUUCAAAGCUGCAGACACGCACGUAUAUGUUAUUAUAACUUUUAAGAAUUUUACCAACUUUAUGUUUCUUUUCUUUUUUUCAAUAUUUAAAUUUUGAGUUUCAACGAAUUAUUUCUCGAGCACUUGUGAUGAAUACUACUGAUUAAGAAACUGCAAUAAAAACAUUUUAAAGAUGUUUUUGGCUCAGAACAUCUGAACAGCUUGCUAACAAUUUGAAUUUGUUUAUGGUGGUUUCAAUGUACUACUCUGAGUUAAACAUGAUGAUUCAAAAGAGGUAAAUGUUUGUGUGUGCACUUGCCAAGAUAGUCAAGGAAUGUUGGAAAUGAUUGUUAGAAGUCUCAGAUUGUGUGUCUGCAUUGUUUAUGCAUAGUGUAGUUUAGUGGUGCAUGUAUCAGAUUCAUGUUGAUUUUGUGGGAAGUAAGUGGACACUCUAGUGUGAUUUGUUUCUUUUUUCCUAUCAAACAUUUAUUAUCCUCAUCUUUUCUCCCUCUUUUUCUUUGUUUGUUACUCUUUAGUUACCACUCUAAUCAUCGGCACUUAUAUGACCUAUUUCUGUUACAAGUGUAGUAAAAAGUUAACUACAGUCUCUUUUAAAAGGGGUAUAGCGGACGUAUUACGUCCAAUCUGUAUCAGAUCAAAGAUAAUUUUACAAUAUUAUAAUGUAUUGAAACACCAUACACAAAUCUUUAUCCCUCCUUCUUUUCUUUGCAUGUUACUCUCUAGUAAAAUGCUUAUUCUUCAACACUUCUAUAUCCUAUUUGUGUUGCAAGUGUGGUAAAACGCUUACUAAAACUAAAACACUCUAUUAACCAACACUCACAAUUAACCAUAGAACAUAACAAUAAUUUUAUGAUGUUUGUAGCUGCAGUUGUUUCAAAGGAUUUUGUUGAAUUACCUUGUUUUGAAGAAUUCUUCAAAUGUUUGUACGGUACGGAUGAACAUUGUUUUGUUCGUAUGUUUGUUUUUCUCUGUGCCAAAUGUUCUGUUUUUCAUGUUAUAAAUCUUGAAACUGCCCUCCUGUUACAGUGACUGGCUGUUAAGAACUUUAAUUGUAGGCACAGAGGUGAGGGGUUUAUCCUUGAGUGAGUAAGUGUUGAAAUUGUAGUUUGAAUGCAAGAGUCUGUCGUCUUUUACAGGCUGAGGACUAAGCAGAACAGCUUCCUCUUGACAGCUGCUGUGUGUGAUAAAUAUAUAUUAUAAUUUUUCACUGCUCUUAUCCAAUUUUGCUAUGACUAUCUGGAUUAUUUGAUCAAGGAUACUGUAAGUCUCAUGAAGAUGACCAGAUUGACCAUUCCUUCUUCAGCUGAAAGUAUUUUUCUAGGCAAUGUAACUGUGUUUCUAUUUUGGACAGAUUUACACUAUGUUAUAUGCUUCCCGUUUGUCCAUUGUAGAACUUGAAUAGAAUUUGAAAGAACAAGGGGGUUUUUUUGGUUCUUUUUUGUUUUUUGUUUUCACAUGGAUACAUCUGUUGGGGAUGUGCCAUAAGUCAAGCUUUUUGGCUUGUCCAUUAUAAUUUGUAAAUUAUCACCGUGAAUGCUGUUUAGUAGUUACAUAGAUUUAUACUUUUAAAAACUAUAAUUGCGUUUAUAUACGUUUGUCUUUGCUCUGUAGCAUGCCAUAUGCGCUUUGCAACUUAAUCGUCCCAGUACACCUCAGAAUACCCUGAAACAUUCUUCGGAGAGAACAGCCACCUAAGUGCUCAAACCAACAAACUGACAAGAUCUUUCACCGUCUGGAUACCCAUUCCCACCUGUGUAAAGUUUGAACCCAUCAUCUUUCUCUACAAGCCCAACAGCCUAAUCCCUAGACCAUCUGUAUUUUUGUUUGUGCUGCGUGAUUGUGGCUGAAAGUCAGUUUAAUAAAUGAGUGUGUGUUUUACAUUUGAAUGAAGCGCAUCCAUGCUCAUUCAUAGACUGCAUUUAUUCUGCUAGAAGAAAUACAAGGUUCCGGCACAUUGUCUUUAAACAUUAACAUUUUGUUGUUUUUUUCAGUCGUAAUUAUUUAGUUUUAAAAAUUUAAUUCAUGUUGGUUUUUUUCAUAAUAAAUUUCCUGGUCUUUGAAAGAAA